UCCUUUUGCGAAAUAGAUCAACAAAAGUUCCACAGGUAGGCGUAAGUUUUGGAUCAGUGAGACCUGAGUUAUUGACGUUAAAAAUCAAUUUUACUUAUUAAGUUGAUCGUUGGCGACAUGGCCUUGAAGUUCCAGUCUAUAAUUCUCUUAUAUGUUUUAGCAGUGGUGCUAUGGUGCACGAAUGACGCUAAUACGGUUGAACUGCGUUCACAUAAUUUGGAGCGUCGCGCCACAAAUACUCACCUACAACUUACAACUAGUGAAAAGGAAUUGAUAUUGAAUAAACACAAUGAACUUCGACGAAUUGUUUCUCCGUCGGCUGCAAAUAUGCUGAAAAUGUCGUGGAAUGACGAUCUCGAACGAUUGGCGUCUGACUAUACAAAGAAAUGCAUAUAUGAACAUAAUGAGGAUCGUAAAUUGGACGGAUUUACGUAUGUUGGUGAAAAUUUGUAUAUUUCGAUGGGGAGAAAAAUAGACGAAAAUUAUGGACCUGGUGCGGUUGUGGCUUGGGAUGAUGAAAAACGUGAUUACUCAUUUGAUACACUGACAUGUACUCCAGGAAAAGUUUGUGGUCAUUAUACUCAGGUGGUAUGGGCUCAAUCAUAUAAAGUUGGCUGUGGAAUGACAACUUGUGAAUCUGUCCUUGUCGACGGUAAAAUAUGGACAGACGCGACUCUAUUUGCCUGCAAUUAUGCACCAGGGGGAAACAUACGAGGAUACAAGCCUUAUAUAAAAGGAACAUCCUGUUCACAAUGUGAUGACCAAGACGUCUGCGUUGAUAAACUUUGUAGUAAUCCUGCUAGAGGAGAUGUCAAUAUUGAAGAUACCACUACGAUUCAACACGAAAUCACAUAUUUACACGGAAACAUGAGCACUGAUGCACCAACUAAGACAAGUGAACAAAGCACCACAGGAUCAGCAGGCUGUUCCCGUCCUUCAGUCUUCCUCUGGAUAGCUUUGUCAAGUAUUUGGGGCACUGUAAUGAACACGUUUGGUUGAAGCCAGCUACAAAUCACGAUGUUUUAAAAUAUAUCAGUCAUUAUACGUUUUUAUAAUAUAAAAUGUUUCAAAAGUAGCGUAGAUAACAUUCUGUUUAUAUAUAAACUAAUGUAUAUAUAUAUACUGUAGGCCUACGACAAUUGAUUCGGAUUCAACUGUUUGCAAUCAAGUUUAACCCUGUGUAU